AUGGAUUAUUUAGUCUUCGCAAAAGAAUACAAAAAAAUAUUUCCACAAGCCACUCCUGACAAUGUUACUAAGGCUUACGAAGCUAGUCAAAAAUACGUCAAAUUAGGCCAACCUCCAAUUCUCAUUGGUUCCAGACCACCACCGCUUGAUACGUUGUGGGAUCGCAUUUAUAAAGAAGGGUAUAAUGUAGUCAUUCUUGAUCGUAAUGUUAUAAAUCGUGAGAAAGGUGUUGAUAACGCACUUGGGCACUAUACUGAUGAGGUAGCCCUGGAACGAAACUGGAAUUUAGAAAUAUGGUCCUGUAGAAGAGACGUAUCGUUUAAUGACAAUAAUCAUUCUCAAGGAGUGUCUCACUAUGUAUUGACACCAAAUCUUAAUACUACUUUUAUACCUCUUGAUAAUCUUUACAAGAUUUUUGCAUGGUGUUAUGAAAAAGAUAAUACUGAAGAAAUGAGAGUCCUUAGGAUUACUGACGGAGAUGCAAUCCGUAACUGGAGCAACGAUGACGUAAUGGAGUGCUUUGUUAAUUUAAAUUUAUUUGGUUGGUGGCAUCGUGAAUACCCGGGGUUCUUGCUUUUAUAUUUUCGAAAUGAGAAUGAUAAGCGAAGUGCACAGGCAUGGUUGAAUAAGAAUCACUCUGAAAUUUGGAUUGGGGAAGUAGUAACCAGAAGACAAAAUAGAUAA